AUGACAGACUUCGCCAAAUCCAUUCUUGGCUUGGGCUUCAAAAGAGACUCUUCUCCUGCUGACGAUGUUUCCAGCAGAGGCUCUCCGUCGCCCGCCCCGCUGCAUAAUCUCGACAACCCGAAGAAGUUCUUGCCGAAGAACCUAGCUGCUCAUCCUACAACGGCCGUGCUGAGCCAGUCCAUGGCGUACGGCACCACUACUUCCUCUGAGAACCAACCACUGGCCCACCAGCGUGCCCAGGGCUCUUUUGCUGCCCAAGACUUGCAUCCUUCUUUAUCAAAUCCAUCGGACUCAUCCACGGCUCAUAAGUUGACUGCUUCUGCUGCCGUCAACUAUGGUGUCAAGGACUCCGACCCUCAUAGCCUGUCGAAUUUGGCCGAUACCGCCAUGGAGUCUUCUCCUACUCCUCCUGACCUGUCUCAACCUGUCAUCAUCACUACAGACGAAAAGGGCCAACAUUCCCAGGCAAAGACCUCUCUGCAGCCCAAGGGUAAGUUGAAGGUCACCAUCAUCGGCGCCAAAGACUUGAUGAUUUCAGAAUACUCCCAGCCCUACGUUGUGCUGACUUACGAAUGUUCCGAGUUUGUCAACAAUUCCGCUCCUUCGAAACUGCCAAUGCUCGCCACCCAUCAGAACCAGCUGCGUUUGUCCCCUGGCAUGCCUAUGAAGCAACCUAGAGAUAAGAGACCUGCUUUGUACCAGCGCCAGUCGUCUACUCAGCAGUUUCAGCUUUCCCAGGGCCAGACCCAGGUCUGGAACCAUGAGGCUGUCUUUGAUGUGGUGGGCUCAAACUCAGAGUUGGACAUCUCUGUUUAUGACGGUGCCAAAGAUGACGCCUUUUUGGGCCAAGUCCGUAUUGUGCCCAACACUGAUACACCUAGUGCCAACAAGACUCAGGAAGCUAGAUGGGAACCUUUGCGUGCUCGUGUGGUUGGUGAACGCGUCACUGGCAUGUUACAAAUUAAGUGGCAGUACACUCGCUUCGACUCCAAGAAGCUGUAUGGCCCUGACGACUUCGAAGUUCUUAGGCUCUUAGGUAAGGGUACAUUUGGUCAGGUUUACCAAGUGAAGAACAAGGACAAUGGCAGAAUCUAUGCCAUGAAGAUCUUGUCGAAGAAGCUUAUCGUCAAGAAGAAGGAGAUCGCUCAUACUAUCGGCGAGAGAAACAUCCUCGUCCGUACAUCUGCUGCUGCAUCACCAUUUAUUGUUGGACUCAAGUUCUCUUUCCAAACGCCAACAGACUUGUAUCUCGUCACUGACUACAUGUCUGGUGGUGAAUUGUUUUGGCACCUCCAAAAAGAAGGCCGUUUCAACGAAGACAGAGCCAAGUUUUACAUUGCUGAAUUGGUGCUUGCAUUGGAGCAUUUGCAUGAUAACGACAUUGUGUACCGUGAUUUGAAGCCAGAGAACAUCCUUUUAGAUGCCAAGGGCCACAUUGCUUUGUGUGACUUUGGAUUAUCUAAGGCUAACUUGAACAAUGAUGGUACUACGAACACGUUCUGCGGUACUACAGAAUACUUAGCACCAGAAGUGCUUUUGGAUGAAAGUGGAUACACUAAGAUGGUUGACUUUUGGUCUUUGGGUGUGCUUAUCUUCGAGAUGUGUUGCGGCUGGUCGCCAUUUUACGCUGACAAUACCCAGCAGAUGUACAAGAACAUUGCAUUUGGCAAGGUUAGAUUUCCCAAGGAGGUUUUGUCUCCAGAAGGAAGAUCAUUUGUCAAGGGUUUGUUGAACAGAAACCCACGUCAUAGACUCGGUGCAUUGAAGGAUGCCAGAGAAUUGAAAGAGCAUCCAUUUUUCCAGGACGUUGACUGGAACUUGUUGAAAGCCAAAGACAUUCCUCCUCCAUUCAAGCCACAUCUUUCGUCAGAGACCGAUACAUCCAACUUUGACCCUGAGUUCACCAAUGAAUCCACUAGUGUGCUCAAAAAGCACAUGGAAAUGGCGUCCACGCCAUUGUCACCUGGCAUCCAAGCGAACUUCCAAGGCUUCACAUACGUGGAUGACUCAGCUAUGGAUGAUCACUUCAGCAAAUCGCAUAGAUACCAAGCAUUUAAACAUUCUGGGUCGUUUAUUCCCGGAAACUCUAACCUUCCACCCGACGAUGAGGUGAUUGACGAUCAGAUUGAUGAAGAAGACGAAAUGGAGAUUGAUACCGACGCCAACAUGGAAAGCGAAGAGUUCGUCCAUGGUCGCUUCGACUUAUAA